AUGUCAACUCAAAAUUAUAAAAGACAACUGUUGGCUCCUGGUAUUGUAGUUCAAAAACUACAUUAUAGACCUUUUGCUGUAAAUUGGUGGGUUUUUCCAAAAGCAAAAACAGUUCAAAAUAAAAAAGACUCAGAAGCUAUAAUUUACUCGACAUCUAGUGUGGCAAUAAAUAUGACUUAUAAUAAAUUUUUCAAGGCAAAAACACAUUUUUUCAGUCCAGGUGUUUUAGAUAUAUAUCAUCGAGAAAACAAAAUUCAAACUUAUACUAGAAAAUCUCCGGAUGAUGUUUGGACAAAAUUAGAUAUUUUGAAAAAUUAUAAUGGCAAGAAUUUAUUUAGACUAUGUGAUCAACUUGUUAUACAAGCUAUUCAAACUUAUAUAACUGCACUAUAUUGUAAAGCAUACUGGUAUCAGUUUUUCAUUAGAUGGAGGCAACAAUCAACUACUAUUAUCGAAUUUUCCUCUCAUCUUGCUUCUAUAUAUCCAGCAGAUUUUAAAUUUAUCAACACGAUUUUAGGACUUGAGUUUUGGACAUGCGCAGAAGAUCCGUCAAGUGAUCAUACAUCAAUAUUUUACUUAUACACCAAAAAUCUUUUAAAUAGUGUUCCAUAUAAUCUAUUAGAAACAGAAUUAUCGAUAAUAAAGCAGGAUCUUCAAAAUAAAGUCAAUCAGUUUUGGAGCUGUUUUGAUACUUCUAUUAAAAUGAACAAGUGUGGUGUAAAUAGGAAGCAAAGGAUAUUAUUAAUAAUUGCCAACAAUUUUAAACAGUAUGAAAUACAAGAAAAACUAAAGAUUACGCAUGCUAUAAAAAGAUAUAUUCGUAUUGAAUAUAAUUUAGAUGAAGGUGAAAAAAUACAAGCCACAAUAUCUGAUUUAAAAAGAACUUCAGUUGCGAAUAUAGAACCUUCACAGUUCUCACCUUUCGAAAUAUCAAAACUAACUAUGAUAUCUAUUAACAAACCAACACCUAAUAUUACUGCUCAUUCAAUUCCAAAAAAUCCGUGGAGUUUUCCAUUAUCUUGA